AUGACACACCAGCAUUUAGGCCUUAAUCUCCCAGGGAACAGCAACCCUCAAGCAACCCCAUCCAGCUCUACUUUGCAGAGCAACCAGAUAUCCACUGCUAAUAGGCCUAUGCAACCACCCAUCCUACCCUUGCCUCCGUCAACUCAAAGGAUGGGAACCACUGUCAUGCAUGCCAGGCUUCUGGAGUUAGAAAAGGAGGAGGCCAAUGGCACCCACCCACUGGCAAAUGCCCCUCUUAUUCGUAUUCCUGCCUCAUUUGCAGACCCAGCUGCAGUUGAUAGAGCUCGUGAGGCCGCUGCCGCUAUGCACAAUGAGCCAAAGAAGCCCACAUUGCCAGAAUUGGUUCCUGGCUUCAAAGCCAACCCACUUGAUGCCAUCAUUCCUCCAAAGGUAGAGGAUGCCUUAAGGCAAUACAAAUAUGUGCCAUACCUAGCAAUUACCCCUGCAGCACGCCUUCAUGCUGCUCGCAACGGCGACAAGGCUUUUUCCUUCAAUACACAAGGCAACUUAGUAGCCAAAGAGCCAUGGAAGAGCAUAUCACCUUUUACCACGGCACCAACCAUGGGGCAGCCUUCAUAUCUCAUCAUAAGAUUGUUUCUGAGCUCACAUCCUCCCACGGAUGAGAAAUUGCGCAAGAAUAUGAUAUUGCACACAACUCAGGCCGUCGCACGUAUAUCCCUAGCCACUCAGCUAAUACCACCUCAUACAUCGACAUCUCCACUGAAAUGUUCAGCACCUGGGAAGCUUUUGUACAGAGCUACACAAUCUCUGUGCAAGAAAGCAGAACUGUGGCCCCAAUUACAGCCACAGCAAAGAGCAGACACACUCUCACAGCAGCCAACAGAAAGCACUACUGCUUCAAUUGGGUCCGCUCUUCUGCCUGCUCGUUUGGAGCCAACUGCACCAACUUCCAUGGAUGCAGCAUCUGCGGAGAGGCUAGUCAUGGAGCUGGCAGCUGCACCCAGCGAGCCUGACCCCCGCUUAGUGAUAACUCCACUCAUUGUAGAUUGGGACUUCGCAAUGGUUUUGAUGUUGGGGUACAAGGCACCCCACCGAACACUCGUUUAUUUCAAAAAUCAUACAUCUUCUCAGCUAGACCCUUCCUUUAUCGACUUGUACAUUGCCAGCGAACAAGCCACUGGUUGUUAUUCCCAAGGUUACACCCCUCAUGAACUCGAACUCCUAAUUGGACCUUUUCAAUCAUUGCCCUUAGGGCUAGUGCCAAAGCCUCAUUCCAGCAAAUUCCGCUUGGUACAGGACCUCUUAUACCCAUGA